AUAUCAACAUUCCAAGGGUCGUCCUGCCUUCGCGGAAGCGAAAAGCACGGAAGACGAGACGAACCGGACAGUAGAUUAGCUAGUUAGCUUGCAGGUGUAACUUGACAGGAUUCGAAGAAAAACACUGGAAAGAUAUAUAAAGAUUUGUGCUACGUAGCUACCGCCUUUUCUGUUGCGAGCCUUAUAUCGAAGGCCUGCCGAGGAGAUGGGGGACAAGGCGGGCACCAGAGUUUUCAAGAAGUCAAGCCCCAACUGCAAGGUCACGGUAUACCUGGGAAAGAGAGAUUUCGUGGAUCAUCUUGACCAGGUCGAUCCGGUUGAUGGUGUAAUCCUGGUUGACCCUGAAUACCUGAAAGACAGGAAAGUCUUUGUGACCCUGACCUGUGCGUUCCGGUAUGGCCGUGAGGACCUGGACGUGCUCGGUCUGUCGUUCCGGAAGGAUCUGUACAUCUCCACCUUCCAGGCCUUCCCCCCCCUCGCGGAGGAGCGCAAGCCCAACAGCCGCCUGCAGGAGAGGCUGCUGAAGAAGCUGGGCCAGCAAGCUCACCCCUUCUACUUUACUAUUCCUCAGAACCUGCCCUGCUCAGUCACUCUACAGCCUGGACCGGAAGACACUGGGAAGGCGUGUGGAGUUGACUUUGAGAUCAGAGCGUUCUGUGCCAAAACGAUAGAGGAGAAGAUCCACAAACGGAACUCUGUGCGUCUGGUGAUCAGGAAGGUGCAGUAUGCUCCAGAGAAGCCGGGGCCCCAGCCCAUGGUGGAGACCACCCGCAGCUUCCUCAUGUCGGACCGCUCCCUGCACCUGGAGGCCUCUCUGGAUAAGGAGCUGUACUAUCACGGAGAACCCAUCAGUGUGAACGUUCACGUCACCAACAACUCCACCAAGACGGUGAAGAGAGUCAAGAUCUCAGUGCGGCAGUAUGCUGACAUCUGUCUCUUCAGUACAGCUCAGUACAAGUGUCCAGUCGCUCAGGCUGAAGCAGAUGACCAGGUGUCGUCCAGCUCGACGUUCUGCAAGGUGUACACCCUCACCCCCACACUGGAUAAGAACCGAGAGAAGAGAGGGCUGGCCCUGGACGGCAAGCUGAAACAUGAGGACACCAACCUGGCCUCGUCCACCAUUGUGAAGGAUGUGACCAACAAGGAGGUCCUGGGGAUCCUUGUGUCCUACAGGGUAAAGAUCAAGCUGGUGGUGUCGCGCGGAGGACUGCUGAGUGGCGUGUUGGAGAGGGACGUGGCAGUGGAGCUUCCCUUCGUCCUCAUGCACCCCAAGCCCACAGAGCUGCCCAUAUCACGGCCCCAGUCAGCUGUGCCUGAGUUGGACCCUCCCAUCGACACCAACCUUAUAGAAUUUGAAACAAACAGCAGUAUCUCCCAGGAUGACGACUUUGUGUUCGAGGACUUCGCCCGCCUGCGGCUCAAAGGAACGGUGGAUGACAAAGACGAGGACUGCUAGAGCACACACACACACAGACACACACUGUGGGUGGUGGGAAGGAGGCAUGUUGAGGAAGCUGGAUUUGGAUCCUGCUGUGAAGCUCCUCUGCAUUUUGUGUUCCAUUCGUGGUAUGUCUGCCUGUCUGCCUGUCUGUCUGCCUGUCUCUGUCUGUCUGCCUGUCUGUCUGACCACAGCCAUUGUCCCACCACCUUCAGUGUUAACUUAAUAUUGUUCUAUAGCGUUGCUGGAAGUUUCCAUCCAUGUCGCGGAACAGCUGUUUCACACAUCUGGAGAUGGGGGAGGAUGUGGUCUGUUGGGAGACAGUGAGAGUGUGUGUGUGUGUGUGUGUGUGUCAGAGGCCCCUGAGAGAUUCUCUUUUAUUUUAUUCUUCUUUUUUCAAAUCUCAAAUUGUGCCAAGCUGACGCAGGGAGAACCAAGAGGAACAUAGUAUGUUGUAUCUGUGACUGCUUGAGACGUAAUUUGGCAAAAACAUACAUGCUCUAAAACGACCCACACGUUAUCAAAUGUAUUCAAGUCACCCCUAGCUACCCUCCCCCCUCCACACACACACACUCACACAAACCCUAGCUUCAUGGAUCGACCUGCCACCCACAUCUCUACAGACAAGGCUGAUUAGAGGAUCUGGAUCCUGACCAGAUGUCAGUCAACCAUCACAGGCCGGUAACACACCGUUACCACCCACCUGACCAACAACACACCUGUACACAUACACACCGUUACCACCCACCUGACCAACAACACACAUGUACACACACACAACG